AUGCUGGGAGUUGGAGAUGAAGCACUCACUCCCUGUAGUGGGACUGCUGAAAUUGCAUCCUUUGCCCAUUUGAUUUCCUCAUCAUUCUAUAGGCACAGCUCUGUCAAGACUGAUGAGGCCACAGGCACGGCUCCCUUCCACCUUGACCUCUGGUUCUACUUCACCCUGCAGAACUGGGUUCUGGACUUUGGCCGCCCCAUUGCCAUGCUGGUGUUCCCUCUCGAAUGGUUUCCACUUAACAAGCCCAGCGUCGGGGACUACUUCCACAUGGCCUACAACAUCAUCACGCCCUUUCUCCUGCUCAAGCUCAUCGAGCGGUCCCCCCGCACCCUGCCGCGCUCCAUGAUCUAUGUCAGCAUCAUCACCUUCAUCAUGGGCGCCAGCAUCCACCUGGUGGGAGACUCAGUGAACCAUCGCCUUAUCUUCAGUGGCUACCAGCACCACCUGUCAGUCCGUGAGAACCCCAUCAUCAAGAAUCUCAAGCCCGAGACGCUGAUCGACUCCUUCGAGUUGCUCUACUACUACGACGAGUACCUGGGCCACUCCAUGUGGUACAUCCCUUUCUUCCUCAUCCUCUUCAUGUACUUCAGCGGCUGUUUCACUCCUACCAAAGCUGACAGCUCAAUGCCAGGGGCGGCCCUGCUCUUGGUGGUGCCCAGUGGCCUGUACUACUGGUACCUGGUCACAGAGGGCCAGAUCUUCAUCCUCUUCAUCUUCACCUUCUUCGCCAUGCUGGCCCUCGUCCUGCACCAGAAGCGCAAGCGCCUCUUCAUGGACAGUAACGGCCUCUUCCUCUUCUACUCCUUCGCCCUCACCCUCCUCCUUGUGGCCCUCUGGGUCACCUGGCUAUGGAAUGACCCUGUACUCAGGAAGAAGUACCCCGGCGUCAUCUAUGUCCCUGAGCCCUGGGCCUUCUACACCCUCCAUGUCAGCAGCCGACACUGAGUCCCUGGCACCAGCCACCGGUGCUCUGUUGGGUGGGAGAUGGGUGUUUGAGCAUGGGGUGUGCCUGCGUUCAUGCGCGUAUGCACAUGUGCAUGUGUGUGUGCAUCUGUGUAUGUCCACCCGUGUGUGCACAACCCGUGACUGAAAACAGGUGAGAGUAUGCAUUGUGCACAUGGGUAGGGGAGUGUGUGUGUGUGCGUGAGCGUGUGGCAUGCAUCACCAGGAGACUUGAUCGUUUUGGUCAAGUUUCUGUUUGGUUUGGAUCAUUUCAGGAUGGGGUUCAUUUUUAGGCAGUGUGCCCCGGCCAAGAUAUAGGCACUGCCUUUCUGUGCACCCAACUAGAGCCAGGGCCCCUCUCACUCUCACUGCUCAGGGCUGGUCCCUUCUUCCUGGGAAGUCUUCUGGUAGCCAUGCAGGAGAGGCCUGGGUGGGAUAGAGAGGGGACUUGGCCAUCACCUGGCCCACUCCACAGACCUGCACUGACCCUGGAGGCCAGAUUACAUAGGUUAUGUGAACUUUCUCUGUAUUUUUUAAUAAAGUACAUCCCUUUUCUGGGCCUCACUUGCACUAGAUGUGCCCAGUCCCAAAGUGGGUUAGUAGGCUGGUUACAUUCUCCUCUUGGAGCAGCCUGGGGAUGGACGAGUAGUACUGUCCUGUCACUGCCCUCUCCUACCCUGGGAGGGGUGUGUGUACCCCAGACCCUCAUCCCUACCUCAGGCUGCAUGGGGUGUUGAGCCACCGACGCUAAGGGUCCAGAGGCCAGGCCACUUCCCUAACCAGCAGCCCGAUCUUGGGGUCUGGCUGCCGUAGCUCUCCAACUAUCUUCCUCUGCCAGAAGCUCUGUCUCCCACCUCUCCCUCCAGGAGAAUUGUGGCACCGCCUUCAUGCCAGCCAGACUGCAGGUUUUUGAGCUGCAACUGAAGGCAGAGUCCUGAAACACUUGCACUAUUCCCCGAGCUGCUUUUGGCACGGGGAGUAUCGAGGCUCUCUUCAGUCGGCCAUGUCUCAGUCCGUCUCAUGCUUUCGGCCAGGGUCCUGCUCCCAGAAAAGGGAGGCCUCAUUCCCAGUAGGAUGCAACCCCUCCUCGUCCCUGCCUUCUCCCAGGCACUGGGGCCAAGUCUCACACAGCUGCAGGCACCACAGCCUCUUUUCCAGCCAGCACUGGCCCACAUGUGCUCUUGGGUCUCAGGGGCCCUGCCUCACCUUCCCCGGGCCCUGCCUCCUCUCCUAUGUUCUCAGGGAGCCCCGUGCCUCAGAUUCUCCUUUCAUGUUGGGGUCCUCCAGCCCCUGGUCAAUCCCUGCCUGCUGGCAGCAUCAGGUGGUGAGAGGUGAAUAAAGGUGAUGAGAAGCCAAACCUGGCUAGGGCUGCUGCUUACUUUGGGUGUGAAUUUGAGAGGCAGGAGAGAGGUCCAUCGAGGAGGGGAAAGUGUGGCUGGUCUGGGGUCCAGGCAGGAGUGCUGGACCAUCCCCAAGGGCCCACUGAACCCCAUCUAACCGAGAGUGGGUGCUGCCCACUGGACUUCCAUGCCACUUUGUAGGAUCCUGGGGUUAGGGAGGGGGCAGGCAAGAAAGGAUUUGGUCAGUCCCGGCCUUCUUCAGAGGAGUCUGGGAACUAUAGGGGAGGGGAGCUAGGAUAGAGCAUCUGCAGACCUGCCCCUCAGAGAUGUCACAUCAAGCCUCCCAGCUGUGCUACCAACCAGUUCCAGAGACUGAAGAAGAGAGGUGCCCUUGGGGGAAAAUGGGGAGCCUGAUUUGUUGGAAGUUGGUCCUUAGCCUUGGGCAACUCACUUGAUCUCUGGGAGUGCAGGAGCAGCCACAUGGAACUUACUGGGCUGCUGUAUCAGACAGCACAGAGGAGGGGCUGCUGGCAGGAGACAACCACACCAUGUAGGCCCUGCGCCCCAUUUGAUUCCUUCCUUACCUGGAGGACACUGCUCCUCCAACCCCCUGCACAGGGCUUAUUCACAGAAGGACUUAACAGAUAUCUUAUGACCAGUCACAAGGCUGGUGUGUGGGGCCCGAAAUUUAUACAAUUUGGUGGUGGGGCGGGGUAUAAAAAAAAAUAAAAGUGAAUGAAAAAUUAGGUAUGAAAGUGAAAACAGUUGACCCUCAAACAACAUUGGGGUUAGGGGCACCGACCCCACUGCGAAGUCCAAAAUCCACAUAUAACUUUUGAAUCACCAAAAACUUAACUGCAAUAGGCCCUUCGUAUCCUAGGGUUUCGCAUCUGCGGAUUCAACCAACUGUGGGUCCAAACAGUAUUUCUGAUCCGUGACUGGGACUCCACAGGUGAUAAGGGGCCCACUGAUGACCGGAAGCCUUACUGGUAACACGUAUUUUGUAUGUUGUAUGUAUUAUAUGCUGUAUUCUCAUAAUAAAGUAAGCUAGAGGAAAUGUCGAUAAAAUCA